AUGCAUUUGCUUCUAAAUUUACCUCAAAAGUACAAUAAUAAAGAGAAUGGACAACCAAGUGAUGUUUCUUCUACACUUCACUUUAACCAAAUCAACACUCAAAGAAACUUCUCAUACUUCAACCUUUUUCUUCCAUCUUUUUCCUUGUGCAAUACCUGUCAACUGAACCAGCAAAAAAUCACCACAGAAGAUGCAUUUUUUUUUUUUUUUGAGAAAUCAAGGAGGCAGCAGCCUCUUUUCUCUUUUCUGUUGAACGGAGCAAGCCAAACACCCUCUGAAGUCAUCACAGUGACUGCUAGCUUCUCCAUUCCGUUUUGCGUUUUGCUGCCUGACCAAAUAAGGGACAGCCAAGAGCCGCCGGAGCAGCCCUCGCUGCCUUAA